UUGAGAAUGUCGGCCUAUCAUACUGUUAAGUCAAUGAAGGCCUGAAAACGUUUAUUUCUCUUUGCAUUAAGAAAUGUCAGCCAUAUCGAUUUCUUCUUUUCAAGUAAAGCAGUCAGUCACCUCAUUUUUGUUCAUCUUUUUUACUUUUUCGUCGUCUUGCAUACAGACUUACCAGAGCCAAUCGCACUUUUUCCACUCAACAAACAGUAUGGCACCAAGGACAUAAGCCGAGAAAAAAAUCCGCCGGGAAUAGCAAAGGGUGUGGACCUUUUCACGGGAUAUUACAGGCAACCCGGGGGAUCUUUCUACUUCUCCGGGUCAUCGACCAGUUUUGUGGAGUUUCCUAAUAAUGGAGACCUGGACGCUAAGUAUUCUAUGACUCUGGUGGCCUGGAUUUACCCUGAAAUCUCUAAAGGACCUCUAAUUAAUUACAAAGUUCAAGACAGAGGAGUGCAUAUAUGGUUAGAGAGUCCUAACAGACUUGUUGCUAAGUUUGAAAUGCGUGAUUCUUCACAACCUUACGCAAUCCAGAGCGAUAAGAUCAGGCUGAAAGCGUGGAAUUAUGUCGCAGCGUCGUACGAUUAUUUAGCUGGGACAGCGGGACUGUGGAUCGACGGAAAAGAAGUGUCUCGUUUGAAUUUGGGACGAUUCGAGAUAUCCACACAAGAUGACGUCAGAGUGGGAGCAGUGAAGGGUGAUCCGAAUUUCUACAAGGGUGCAAUUGCAUGUGUGCAGAUUUAUAACAAGUCACUCUCUGAGCAGGAGAUCAAUGAUGUGAAAGAUCGGUGUCCGCUGGAAGUACAGAUGCAUCAUAUCGGUUGCUAUGCCGAUAAGCUAUCAUCACCAGCAAUUCCCUCCAUGGAAGGAAAAGAUGUUCUGUUAGAUGGCGAGCCCAAAACAAGAGAGGACAUUAAACAGAAAUGUGCCCGUGUUGCUCUUAAGAAUGGCCAUGGUUAUUUUGCAAUUCAAGAUGGUGGAAGCUGUCUUUCAAGCCUAACAGCGCAAGAAACGUACGGCAAGUACGGACUAUCAACGGACUGCCAGGAUGGGAAAGGCUCCCUUAUGGCCAGUGAUGUAUACGAGGUGGUGAUGUUUAGCGAUCAAACCUGUUGGAACGGGUGGGAAGCUGUUGGCGACUCCUGCUUCAGACUUAAUAACGAUAAAAAAACUUGGGACGAAGCACAAGCCGUCUGUAGAACAGAAAAGGCAACUCUAGCUAAAUUGGAUUCAGAGGAAGAGAGUUACUUCGUUUUUUUAAACCUGAUCAGGCCAACCAAUCCAAGCUCGAGUGUAUGGAUUGGGUUAUCACGUGAUGCGGAGAAAAAAUAUCAUUGGUCAGAUGGAUCUUUGGUGGGCUAUACUAAUUGGGGUCCAAACCUUCCAGACACCUCCCCUGGUAACAGAAAAAAUUGUACAAAAAUUAAUGAAUUCUCAGGACUUUGGGAAAAUGAGGAGUUUGACUUAAAUCAUCCUUUUCUUUGCGGUAGAGUCAUUCCUCCUGCUCCACGUGAUAUUUACGUGAAGCUAAUGGACAGUCACUCAGCGCUGGUCUCGUGGUCAACAUCUACACAUCCUCGGCAGGACGAUUUAAUGACGUCAUUCUAUGUUGAGUACAAAGUGACUAAUGAUGAGCAAAUGUUACUCAAAGUUGUUCGGAAUCACAACAGUACCAGUUUAAGUGGUUUGAAGUCACACGCUGAGUACCAAAUAAGAGUCCGAGCGGUGAAUGGAGCUGGUGGAGGAUUUUGGAGUCAGUAUUACACUUUUUCAACCGGAAAAACCUAUCCUCCGCGAAUCCUCCCCAUAGCAUCUGUAAGAGCCAAAGUCCCCAGAGAACCUCUUGCUCUAAAUUGUGCUGCCAAAGGUGGUCCUGAGCCCACAAUAAACUGGUACAAAAACCGCAAUGUUAUUCAUAAAGGCCAGACAUUAAUUGUAGCAAAUAUGACGUCAGAGGGGCAAGAUGUAUAUACCUGCAGAGCUAGUAAUGGCAUUGAGCCAGAUGACGUCGAGUCGGUUACGGUUAUAUCAUUAGUCCCUCCCGUCCUGAAUCAGAUGUGGGUAACUGGAACCGAAGGAGAGAUAUCUAUUAAAAAAGGAGAUCAUUUGUCGUUGCACUGUGAAACAGCUAAUACGACAUUUGGUGACAUUACAUGGCACAAGGACGGCGAGCCUCUACAUGGUCAGCGGUCUAAAUCACAAAACAUCUUGAACAUACCAGAAGUCAGCGGUGAUGAUUUCGGAGUGUACGAAUGUAAAGCCCAAAAUGCCUUGGGAUCGACUUCUAUGAAAAUGAGGGUCUCGAAUGCCGACGACUUAAAUCAGUUGAAAGUUGCAGUUGGCUGCCUAGCCGGAUUGUCUGCUGUUCUUGUCAUCGUCACUGGACUGUUAGGGUUGCUGCUGUACAAAGCCAGAAAAACCAUUGAAGCUUCACAAGAAGAAAAUGAACAGGACGAGGAACCGCCAAUCAAACCACCCGGUCCUAGGCCCUCUGACAGUGAUUUUAUGAUUCCUGAAGUCCGAUCCGCUGGCUUGCCUGGUAUGGCUGGCUCACAUGGCAGUGAUUCAUCUUACACUCCUCUUAAACUGGGUUUAUCUAAUGGCGGUACAUUUCAGACGUACAAGGCAUAGAGAAACUUACGCGUUUAAGUUGCAUUGGAUUAUUACACCACAACUCACAUUGUUAUUAAGACUGUCACGCAAUGCUCAGGGAAUGUUGCGUGUCAAGUCAUGAUCUGCCAUGAACAAAUGUUAACCAGACGUUCCUGUCUCAGCAACAGAGUGACUUAAGUCAACAACAGCUAACAGCUCUGAACUUGUAUAAAAAAAGAGACAAUUUCUUAGAAUGGUUUAUCAAAACGCUGUGUGGGAAAGUCACGUGGGAAAUUAACGCCCCAGUGAACGUAUACAUAAAACAAACAAAUCCUUGUGAGAACAGUAGCUACCACCUUAGCCAGAUUUAAAAUUGCCUAGAGACGAGUUUCCCUCACUCUCUCAACAAAGGAAGCCCCCUAUUCAUAAUCUAGACCCCUAAUAGCUUGGACUGGUGCAGGAUGUUAAAAGUGCAACCGCUGAUACAGCACAAAUUGAGAAUCAUAAUGACAAGAACAAUGAAACUGUGAGGUGGGGAGGUUAAGCUUCAUGCAAGAAAGAGAUCAGAGGCUGUGGAAAAUGCUUCCAUUCAUCCGAGGACUCCACGGUGUGAAGUCUUAUCUUACAGCGAGCGGGUUUUAUUGUAGUGGAGCAGCCUGCUGUAUUCCACUAGAUUAAAUGGCAGCAAAACCAAAAAACUAAGCAAAUUAACUUUACGUCUCCCUCCUCUUUGUUCACACUUAUGCACCUGUACAUUUAUAAAGUGCGAUAUCGCUCUCCAUCUAGAUUUCAUUUACGCACUUUUUUCUUGUUUGUAUGUGUGUGAGUAUACGAGAGCACUAUUUGAAAAAAAAAUUGUUUCUAUUAUAAAUAUGGUGAAUAUAGUUUCCCGUUACAAGCUUUAAGUAAAUCUACAAAAACUUUGAGAAACACCAUCUUUACUUCAAACAUUUACCCAAAAUCUGCUUGACUCUACGAAAUUAUCACCUUUGAAAAGCAUAACUUAAAAAAUUUUCUUUACUUCACCGACUAGUCUGAUCAGAAAAAAAAUAUUUAGCUAUUAUUCAUUUGCCUUGGCGGGUGAACUUAUCACUUUUACAAAAUAUGGUAUACUGAAGUUUGUUCUAAACGAGCUUAACUCUUAUAAAGAGUACAUUAAGGACCGUCCUGCCUCCAAAUGUUAAACUUAGAUAUCAAAUGAGCUUUUUACAAGAAUGUUUUGUUAUGUGUAUCGAUCCGAUUUGUCCUUGCUGAUAAUGUACGCCGGAAAUCGAUAGUCUCUAGCUCUUCUUAGUCCAUUUCAUCUACAGAAGGCUUACUCGACUCAUGGCAAUAAUGAUGCGGUGGGCACUGUUCAAAAUUAAAUUUCACGUUGUC